CACCCUCUAUUUUUCAUAAUUUUCCUUUUUUAUUUUAGCUGCCCAUUCAGUAGUUCAUAUGAACAGAAGCACAGAUUAUAAAAACAAUGGCAGCUCUGCAGAACUCUAUGCCUUCUCUUCAUCAUACGUUGUUCGUUAAUUCCUUUCCCCAGAAAGGAUUGCAGAAGCUUUCUCAUGGUGCAUUUCUUUGCUGUAAAACAAGUGUUUCUCUUCAUGCCCGGGCUGAACAUUUAUCAUCUUCUGCUGCUGCUGCUUCUACAUCUUCUCAUUUUCAAGAGAGUUGUGGGAGACGCCAAAUAAUUGCUGCCGGAAUCAUUGCUCCUUUGGUUUCAAUUGUUGACCGAACUCCUACUGCAUUUGCUGCAGAAACUAAGAAGGGAUUUCUUCCAGUCACAGACAAGAAAGAUGGAUACACAUUUCUCUAUCCAUUUGGGUGGCAGGAAGUAGUUAUUGAAGGUCAAGACAAGGUAUUCAAAGAUGUUAUUGAGCCAUUAGAAAGUGUGAGUGUUAAUAUGAUACCAACCAACAAGCAAGACAUUCGAGAUUUCGGAUCUCCUCAAGAGGUUGCUGAGACUCUGAUCAAGAAAGUUUUGGCCCCUCCAACUCAGAAAACAAAGUUAGUUCAGGCAGCAGAGCAUGAUGUAGAUGGAAAAGCUUAUUAUACAUUUGAGUUUAUCACCAAGGCUCCAAACUACACUCGACAUGCUCUCACUGCAGUUUCAAUUGGAAAUGGUAAAUUCUACACUCUGACAACAGGAGCAAAUGAGAGAAGAUGGGAUAAGAUGAAAGAUAGAUUGGUGACUGUGGUAGACUCCUUUAAGAUAUUCAAUGUUUGAAAAGACGUAGUUGUUCAAAACUAAUAAUCAAAUUAGGAAGAACAACAUAUAAUAUACUUCUUGAUUGAG